AUGAACACGGCGGAGCACCCACCUCAAGAUGCCCUCACGAUGCUGGGCAUACUUCCUUGGUCAGGAAACCUACAGGGCUUCGACUUCCCCGAGUCUGUUGAGACUCUCGUUCACUACAUGACGAACGAAUGGCUCAGCGACAGCCAUGAAGAUCAGAUGUUGACGCUUCUGCGGCAGGACAUCACCCUCAGUAGCUCUCACACCUUGUACGAGGUAGAGAAUGCUUACUUUGGAUCACUCCUCCGGAGCGCAUAUGCUUCACGCGAACACGGAGAAUACGAAGAGAGCCGCCACUUCGCUCGGGUGCGUGGAGUUGGCCAGGCUCUUGCAGAAGGACGCCGCUCUGCAGUUGCAUUCAUUUUGAACGUGAACCGAAAUCAUUGGGUUGCUGUUAUUGUCGACUUCUGCACGUCGGAAAUUCUCUGGGGCGACCCUCUUGGGCAUCCGCCUUCAGCGGCUGAUAUCGAGGCACUCGACUGGUGGACAGCACUACAUUCAGGCUAUACAUUUGCGCACCGGACAUUGAUGGUCACAAGGCAGACAGACGACUUCUCUUGUGGUCUGCUUGCAUUCGGAGCCCUCGCGCACUACUGCUUGCCAGAGAAGUAUCCUCUCGUGGCUGCAUCGGAGGUUGCCGAUGAACGCUUGAGGAUGUUCCUAGCUAUCGCACGAAGGCAUCUAAGCGAGGUAAGUAACCUUGGGAAUCAUGCAUGA